GGGUCGGUGGAUGGUAUUUGAUCACAUUAGCAUAUUUUGAUUCCUUUUCUUGACACCUUAAGAGAGAAGAGUCAGAACAGUCGGGUACUCUAAAUGUUUACAACAUCUUAACUUAUUUUUCUUUUUCCCCCUUCACACAUCCAUCCUGAUCUCAGAGACGAUUGGUGCUAAGGUGAGGCAGUGGGUCGCUGGAAAAUAUUGACAUUCUCUAACUCAAGAAAUCACAAUAUGAAAACAUGAAGAAAACAACAUUAUUUCUAAUUUAAAUUUGUCUUUUUUUUAUCAAUCAGGGCCAGAAAGGUGAACCAGGAGAGAUUGCUGAUGUAAGUAUGAAUCCACUGCUGUGCAUCAUGCUUAAGUAUUCCCGGAAGUGCUCGAUUACUGAGCAAGAACCUUCAACUCCAAACAACCUGAUGGUCAAACUAAUAAUUAGUCUGAGUCAGAGCAUGAAGACUGAUAAACCUUUAAGCCUUCUUUACUCUUUUCUGGAUUAAAUAAAUGCCAGUUAGUCUCCUCUACAUUACACAUACUGUAUUUGACAUAAUCUAGUUUUUUUAAUGUGGGAUUUUCAGCUCAAAUUCAGAGAAAAUAUCCAUCAUGUUUACAACUCAAUGAUUUUCCCACUUUCCCGGAGCUUCAAACAUUUCUGCGGGGCAAUUACUCGUUGAUAACAGUCUAACUAUAAUUCCCAUUAAUCCCUCAUUGAACUUUUUAUUUUAUGAGAAAAAAACCUGCAUUCCUGGGACAUAAUGAACCCAAUCAAAUCCUCUUAGGUCCUCUCAGCAACAUUGCUGCAAGUGCACAUGUCAGGUGAAUAAAGUCAGCCAAAGCAGAGGUUAAGAGGAGGUGAUGUUUUUGGUAAAACUGGCCCCGUCAAACGAAAUCCUCGUCACAUUGUGUUUUCUAGCUUAACGUCUGCCUCCUGCAAGGUUGGAAUGUUUUUCAGGAACUGGUUGUGCCACACACAAUAUGACAGAUUAGUCAGGUAAUAAAAAGUUGUUACAGGAAAAAAGGCACAUAAAGCUGACAUAAGUUGUCUCCUCUCUUUUGUGCAGGUUGUAGGACCAAAAGGACCACCAGGCCCAAUGGUAAACACCAUACAUUUUAUUCCAAUCAUUGGGAUUUUAAAGAAUGCAUGCAGAGAGACAAGUUUACAAUAUGUUGUCUUUGUUUAAGAAAUGCAUAUAGCAGGGUUCAUGCAAUAUCUUUGUUUUUGCAGGGCCCCCCAGGUGAACAAGGAGCACGUGGAGAAGCUGGCGCUAAGGGUGAUAAGGUAAGAUAAAACACUGUGUCUAAAGAAAUCACUUCCACCCAUUACUCAAUAUAUGGUCCUGAAGAGUUAGUCCCACAUUCACAUGGUUAUGAGGUUUCAGCGUUGGGUCUCUGACUAGAUUAGACAAUGCAAAACUGGUUCAGAACUUUAUUUUAAUCAGACUGUUUCUGGAUAGUUAGAAAUGGCAGAGCAAGUUCUUCCAUAGAUAAAAGAAACAGUUAAAAGUAUCUGAGCUGAACUCACUAAUUUGGAUUAUUUCUUUGAGAGCUUCCAAAGGUUUUAGUUUUCUGACUGAGAGUUUAUGACCCACUUCUUCUCUUUUCUCAAGGGAAAUCCUGGACCACGAGGAAGAGAUGGUGAGCCUGGCACCCCUGGCAACCCCGGACCCGCUGGCCCACCUGGACCACCAGGACUUGGAGGGGUGAGUCAAAAGAAAUCAAGUAACCAAAUCCAGUUUUUCUUGCUUGAACUUCACAUCAAAGUUCUGCCUCUACUACACGUCCAUAUGGCCAUAAAACUGUUGACUAAACAGGGAGAAAUAUAUGAAGAGCUGACCCAAACGUAAGGAUGGUUUAGUAUUUGAAUAAAACAGUGAUUUUACCUAGUGCUAUUAGGAUCCCUGCAGAGUACAGGAUGAAAAAUAUCAUUGUACUUUAGUAGGAGUCAGGUGCGGGCAGUUUUACUCUUUUGUUUUCUUUUCAUUCUGUUAAUCUUGUUUGGCUGCUCCUUGUUUUAGCUCAGGCAGCCCAGACAGGAUAAACACCUUAAACUGACACUCACUCUCUGUCUGUUUUUGUAUUUUUACAGAACUUUGCUGCUCAGAUGGCCGGAGGUUUUGAUGAGAAGUCCGGAGGCGCUCAGAUGGGUGUGAUGCAAGGACCAAUGGCAAGUCGAGCCCUGUGUCGUGGGUUUAUCAUGCAGAGGGGGCUGUUGACAGUUUUUAUGUCAUCACUUUAUCUGGGAUAUCUAGAUGUCUUAGAACUGCUGCUGUGUUAGAAAUAAUCUGGAGAUGAUUGCAAUGCUGCCACCUUGUGGUCUAGUUGCACCACUCUAACACUGACAAAUAAACUGACCACUUUAGUUGACUCUUGCUGAUUCAACACUUCUUAAACGGAGUAUGAUGAGGCAAAAACUGCACAUUUACCUCAGAAAGUAUUUUUUUAAAGAAAAUGUAUCAUUCUAAAAUAUACUAACAUACAAGACGCUACCUGUUAGAUUAAUCUGUCCCUUUUAGUGGUAAUAAAAUGUAACUUUAUACAUAUGAUCUUUUUGCAGGGUCCCAUGGGUCCUCGUGGCCCCCCUGGACCAAGUGGAGCUCCUGUGAGUAUAUACUUCCUGUUACGACAUUAAUGUUGAUUUAUUUUAAUAAUCAAGCCAAUGAUUUUGGAAACGUUGAAGGAAUUAUUGGCAUACAUUAAAGCACUAAUGCUUUGUUGUCUGCAUUUUUAGGGACCACAAGGUUUCCAAGGUGCCCCUGGUGAAGCCGGAGAGCCUGGCCCAGCUGUGAGUAUAAAAGCUCUACCUUGGCUGCAUCAGUCUGACUCUUUACCUUGUUGUGAUAGAUGAUAAGUAACAUACCCUCUUGUCUGCUCAUUACAGGGAGUUCUUGGACCACGUGGACCUCCUGGACCUUCUGGAAAACCUGGAAGUGAUGUAAGUGUCCAGGAUUAAUCUUCAUAUCAAAUUCAGUGUCCAUCAAAACUUAAGCGCACUAAGCAGUUAAGCUUUACUUCUGUUUCAAGCAACAGUGCAACUCUUUCUACAUCUAUAUCAUUAUAGGCCUACUGUUGUUUCUAUUGUCCUGGUAUAUCAAUUUAAUGCAGUAUGUUAUGAGUUCCCAGCACUAUUUAUAAUAUGGACCACUAGAGGGCACUGUUUAACUAUUAACAUUACCGGUGAAAAUGAUGACUUCAUAAAACUCAAGUCACAUGGCUAUCUGUUCAAUGUAGUCAAGUAGACACAGUCUGUGAAAUGUAUUCUGUGUUUUACCUGAACAAAUAGUAAUCACAGUUUUUCUCUAAUUCCAGGGUGAGGGUGGCAAACCCGGAAAAGCUGGUGAGCGUGGGCCUGCAGGGCCUCAGGUGAGCACAUGCAAAGCAGCUUUAUCUUCAACUUACCCUUGAGUGUUAUCGCAGGUCAGCAGAAAUGAGUUCAGCGGUCCUCGUGUUAAUAUUCUGGGUUUAUAUUUCAGGGAGCUCGUGGAUUCCCCGGGACUCCUGGUCUUCCUGGAAUCAAAGGACACAGAGUGAGUGUUUCCACUUAUUGAGAAUAUUCACACAAAUGUAGCUUCUUAUUCUGUUGCCCCUUAGGACUGGUGUCUACAUUUGCCCUGAUGGAUGCUAUCUUGUUUUCUAUAGGGUCACCCUGGUUUGGAUGGAGCUAAGGGAGAAACUGGAGCUGCAGGAGCCAAAGUAAGACCCCGAAAUUCAUCAUGAGUGAGGUCUACAACAUUUCACAGUUCAGCAGAUGUUACUUUUACUUAUUUUGCUGAUCUCUGCUCUGAUCAGGGUGAGGGUGGUGCUGCUGGAGAGAAUGGUGCACCUGGACCCAUGGUGAGUUUAGUGGUCUUUCAUACCCUAGUAGUUUAAUGCAUUAGAUUGGUAAUGAGUUGUGUUUUCAUCAAGAUCAGGACGCACUAACUUACAGUUUCUUCUGUUGUAGGGCCCACGAGGACUGCCUGGUGAGAGGGGACGUCCUGGCGCUGCUGGAGCUGCUGUGAGUAACAAACUCAUUUCUUGUUUGAUCCACAGACCAUCAGGACAUUUUCAAUUUGCUUGAUCUGUUUGUUACAGCUUUGAAUCUUUUGGGAACUCCUGAUUUCAUUGUCUCUUCAUAGCUGACACAGUCUUAACUUUUCACUCUCCAGGGUGCCCGUGGAAAUGAUGGUCUGCCUGGUCCUGCUGGUCCACCUGUAUGUAUCAGCACCCCCACUUUAUAUCAUAUUUGUUUUCUUUUGAUUAUACUUGCAUUUAAGAAUAAUGUAACCAAUGCUUGUUGUUCUUCUACCUACAGGGGCCUGUCGGUCCUGCUGGAGCCCCAGGUUUCCCAGGAUCUCCAGGAGCCAAGGUUUGUUUGAAUGUUUUAUUUUGUAGUGCACCUUUAAGGCAGUUAAACCCUGGUAAUUUGUGGUCAAAAGCAUCUUCAGUUUGUGACUACAUUAAUCCUUGAGUUUUCCCCAAAGUUCUUUCAGACACUUGAUAACUCUUGUCAUGAUGGUUACAUGACAUUAAAGGUGUCUAGUCCCCAAAAUAUUAAGAGAUAUUUAAAAAUCUCCUUAGAUUUAUGUUACCAGUCCUAUGUUUAAAUUCCCUACUAAAUUAAACAUAGAACAGGUUCCUUCAGUCCCACCUAAUAACAGAUUUGUUGUGUCCUUUCAGGGAGAAGCUGGUCCUACUGGAGCCCGUGGUGCUGAAGGACAACAGGGACCCCGUGGAGAGGCUGGUACCCCAGGAUCUCCUGGACCUGCUGGAGCAUCGGUUCGUUUGUCAUUUCUCAUUUACAGAAUCCAGUUUUUGAUUUCCUCCUGCAGAAGUACGAUCUAACUCUGAUUGCUUUUUUCCCACAAUUUGAUGCUUUAACUCCUCCCCGUCUGUCUCUAUAGGGUAACCCUGGUACUGAUGGUAUUCCUGGAGCUAAAGGAUCUGCUGUAAGUCAACCCUCUGUGAUCAUGUUCGAAGAUACCAACACUAUUUGUUUAAUAAUCAUAACAAACCUCUUACUUUAUUCUGUGUCUUUCUUUCUUGAAGGGUGCUUCUGGUAUUGCUGGUGCUCCUGGAUUCCCAGGACCCCGUGGCCCACCUGGACCACAGGGAGCUACAGGACCUCUGGGGCCAAAAGGACAGUCUGUAGGUCAUUUAGAAAUAACUUCAGUUCUUCAAACUCUAAUACUUGUUCUUAUUUGUUGCUCUAACUCUCUCUUUGUUUGUCUUUCUUAGGGAGACCCUGGUCUUCCUGGACUGAAAGGUGAAGGUGGACCCAAGGGAGAGCUUGUGAGUUGUUUAUGAUUGAUUCAAUAAUUGAUGAUUGACCAUUUAUGCCAUCAUCACUGAAAAAACAGAGACUUGCAUGUCUAAGUUUUAUACACUUUUAAUCUCUGUACAUACCGUGGAACAUAACUCUUCACUCAACUUACAUAUCUUGAUUUUUUUCAGGGCCCUGCUGGUCCUCAAGGUGCGCCUGGCCCUGCUGGAGAGGAAGGAAAGAGAGGUGCCAGAGGAGAGCCUGGAGCAGCUGGACCACUUGGACCUCCAGGAGAGAGAGUGAGUGAUCACCACGCAGAAUGAUGUUUAAGAAGAUCUGAACUACUUUGGUAUAAUCUGUACACUCACAUCUAUUUCUGUGAUUCUUCCAGGGAGCUCCUGGUAACCGUGGUUUCCCAGGUCAGGAUGGUCUUGCUGGCGCUAAGGUGGGUCCAGGUCCAGAAACAGUCAGACUUAGUUUCUGUUCACUUUUAUUUCAACAAAAUAGUGUUUCCACUAGAAGGAAAUAUAACUGACUGAUAUUAAACACUGACACUUCAUCUUAUCUCUUCAGGGUGCCCCUGGUGACCGUGGCGUCCCUGGUGCUGCUGGGCCUAAAGGCGCAACUGGAGACCCUGGACGCACAGGAGAGGCUGGUCUCCCAGGAGCCAGAGUGAGUCCCCUGACCCCCCUUUGCUCACAUCAGCUUCUUUGCCUCAGAUUUAUAUCUAAUCUUGGUUUGUUGAAUCUUGUGUUGUCAUGAUUUCUAUUCUGACACUGAUGAUCUCUGAAUGGUCGUGCCUGUCAUAGGGUCUUACUGGUCGUCCUGGAGAUGCUGGUCCUCAGGGAAAAGUUGGACCUUCUGUGAGUAUAAUAUUGACCCAUAGGUAUUUUUAAGAAAGAUUUUUGUGUUUACAUAUCCCGAAGAAAAAAACUGCUUCCAACAAAUCUUCUAUUUGUAUGGUACACAAUUUUUAAUUAAUACAUACAUUUUUUUGACAGGGUGCUGCUGGUGAGGACGGUCGCCCUGGCCCACCUGGUCCUCAGGGAGCCCGUGGACAACCUGGAGUGAUGGGAUUCCCUGGACCAAAGGGAGCCAAUGUGAGUUUUUAUCAGAGCCGAUCUCUGAGGGCCGCUCAGGGUGUUUCUGCGAUCACAAACGAGAACAUGAUCAAAAAAAUACAAGUUCACAAUUUAAAAUUCAACAAAAGAGUGUUUCAUUAGCCAAAUAUCACUAUUUCUAUAAGUACCUGACAAAGAUUAUCCAAUUCAUUGAUUGUGGCUUCUCUUUAAAAGGGUGAACCUGGAAAAGCAGGAGAGAAGGGUCUUGUGGGUCGUCCUGGUUUAAGGGUGAGUACAUUUUCUCGAUGAACACACUUCAUUUAAACCUCACAAAUAGUUUUCUUUCUCUGGGUCGUCUUUUAUAACUCAAAUACCCUCCUCUGAAUAGGGUCUGUCUGGAAAAGAUGGUGAAACUGGUGCUGCUGGUCCUCCUGGCCCUGCUGUGAGUAUAUGGUUAUAAUUUCAUGCUGUGAGAAAUUUCCCAUAAUAAUAGUUUACAGAGUUGAUCAUUGCUUUUGUCCCUGACUGAUCACCUGUGUCUGUUUCUGUCAUAGGGACCUGCUGGAGAGAGGGGAGAGCAAGGACAGCCUGGACCUUCUGGCUUCCAGGUGAGCUUUAAAAAAUAUAAUUAUAUAAAAAUACAAGCGUGAGAACAGGCUGUUAACAGGGUGCACUGUUCAGCAGGAGAUCAUUCUCUGAGUAAUUUUUAUGCAAGUAAACAGCAGAUCUAUAAAUAAUGACAGGGUCUAUUUUUACAGACAUCAUGUAAUUAAUCCCUUUGCUCUUGUUUUACAGGGUCUGCCCGGACCAUCUGGUGCCCCAGGAGAGGGUGGAAAACCUGGAGACCAGGUGAGUGUUUGCUCGUUUCAUCCUUAGGUCCAUUGUUAUUGACUAAGCCUCACUCUGUACCACAGCAUGUAAUUAUUGUUAUCUCAUUGAAACAUGGUCUAUCUUUUCUGUCUUUAGGGUGUUCCUGGAGAGGGUGGAGCUCCUGGUGCUGCUGGACCAAGAGUGAGUUUUCAUGUUUUCAUCAACUCCACAUAUUUUGAAGCAAAAUGCCACAGAAACAUCCCCCUUUCUUCAUUUCAUGUAUUGUUCUCCAUGUUUGGUGUUAUAAUCUCCUUUCUCCUCGUUUGUCUCCUAACAGGGAGAGCGUGGUUUCCCUGGUGAGAGGGGUGGUGCCGGAGCUCAGGGUCUUCAGGGACCUCGUGGACUUCCUGGAACACCUGGAUCUGAUGGACCCAAGGUUAGUAGAUGAGUUGGAGGUUAUUUGUGUGAAAUGUUGGAAAAAGUUUUGAUCAUCUAUCAUGUUCAAAGUAGAUCCUCAAAUGAGCUGUACCUAAAUCUGUGAUUCCUGAAGAUUUGGAUGACAGAUAUAUAUUUUUCUUCUUAAUUAAAAUCAAACCAAUUGAAAUAAGAGCUGUUUCUCUGAUAGCUGCAGCUCAUUUUUCCAAUAUGUCAAACAAUGAUGACGUAUUAAGUAAUAAUAACUUAACUUUUGUACGACAUGUCAAAGAUCUUCCAGGUUUUUUAUAGACUGAUGUACAGAAGGACACCACUGUAUUAGACCAGCAUGUCUACAGAUACUCUCAAGUCUGUCUUGAAAGACAUUAAAAAGACAAUCUACCCUCUAAUCUUUAUCUAGGGAGCAAUUGGACCUGCUGGUGCUGCUGGACCUCAGGGACCCCCCGGACUGCAGGGUAUGCCUGGAGAGAGAGGAGCUGGUGGUAUCCCAGGACCCAAAGGAGACAGAGUGAGUAACAGAUUUUGGUUGCUGUGAAAAUAGAUUUCAGUUAUGAUGCUUAAAUAAAUGUCAUAAUCUGUGACUGUGCGAUUAACACAGAGUUGUCCUCUUGAUCUAACAGGGUGAUAACGGACAGAAAGGACCUGAGGGAGCUCCUGGAAAGGAUGGAUCCAGAGUGAGUGUUUGGUCAGAGUGAAGUUUUUACUUUAAAAUUACAUGUUGUAUUCACAACUCACCAUUCAUGCUCCUUUCUCUUUUCAGGGUUUGACUGGUCCCAUUGGUCCUCCUGGCCCAGCUGGACCCAACGGUGCAAAGGUAGGAGCCUUUUAGAUCUUCUGAAGGGAAUCAUGUCAGUCUGAAUAAAUAGAAACACUAAAACUGUACAUAUGUGUCUUUAUUUUUCCUACACAGGGUGAAACUGGAGCUGUUGGUCCUACUGGAGCUUCUGGUGCUCGUGGUGCCCCUGUAAGUUCCUCUUUACAUCAAAAAAUUCAUAAAGAUCAGGAUGUGUUUGGAGCGUCCUGGACAGAGGCUUAGUACCGUUGUUAAAAAAAUGAAGAGUAACUUGGCACUGAAUUGAAAUACAAGAGAUAUACUUCAGUUUUAGAUGAAGAAAACUACUCUGUUAUCAUCAGACAAGGAUUUUGAUACUGCUGUUACUCUAGGAUCAUCUGAUACUUGUAUAGCAGCAACGCUAAUACUGUUGUGAAUAUAGGAAUAAUCGCUGGAUUGCACAGUUCUCUUUUUGUCAAAGUUAUUCGUCUCUGAAAACUUAAACAACAUAUUUUCAGAGUCUCACCCAAAACCUGUCCUGACCCAUAGUCUCUUCUGUCCUUUUGUAGGGUGAUCGUGGUGAGGGUGGUCCUCCUGGACCUGCUGGUUUUGCUGGACCUCCUGUAAGUAAAGUCGUCACAUUACCUUUUAUUCAAGUUUUAACUUCUUUACAUGUUUGGACAUUUUCACAUUUCUUUCUGUAUUGAAUCACUCAGGGUGCAGAUGGACAGCCUGGUGCUAAGGGAGAGGUCGGUGAGGGUGGACAGAAGGGAGAAGGUGGCGCUCCUGGACCUCAGGGACCAUCUGGAGCUCCUGGACCUGUGGUAAGUACAUAAAAUUGGAUUUAUAUUCAUAAGCUCAAAUUUUCAGAUCUAUAUGGUGUUUAAACUUCUUGCAGAGUGGUGGUAUCAGAGAGAUUUAUUGUUGAUUCUCUUCUUCAGGGACCUACUGGUGUGUCUGGACCUAAAGGAGCUCGUGGUGCUCAGGGAGCCCCUGUAAGUUCCCCCCUUUUAUUUUUGAUCACUGUAACAUGUACUGUAAGUAACUUUUACAUAUGACACACAAAACUUCUGCUGAAUACAGACUAUACUCAGUGCAUUACAUACAAGAACUGUACAGAGCUCUAGCCUCUGAUUGAUAAAUUCUUCUUCUGGUUGUUUCAAGAGUGUAAAAAUAUCAGAUCUCAACACCUUUUACAUUGGCAUUAUGUUUGGAGAAACUGAAACUGUUAGUCCAGAAACUGAGAAAAACGUUUAGAUGAUCCAAAAGAAAAUUACUUCUGUUUCAAUUUGUAUUGUAUAAGAAAAGAAAUAAAAAUCAAUGCGCUGUUCUAUCAAUAUUGAUGACAGAAGUCAAGAGACAGCAUAGACAUUAGCACAUGCACAACAAAAAGUGACUGUAAUUUGGAUUAGGAACAGUCAUAGUUAAAUGAGUCAGUCAUGUCAACAAAAGGUCAAUCUGCUUCAUAUUUACGUUUCACGUGUUAAUGAAACAGUUAGUCCAAGUCACAUUUUCCUUGUUUAUUCUUCUCUUGUCAAAGAAACCAAAUGCAAAAUAAAGACAAAGGCAAAUUCCAAUAAAUGUCAACGACAGGAUGAUGAUGGGCAAAAAAACUGUUUGUGUAUGUAAGGUGCCAGACCAGAGUGUCUUUGUCAGAUCCAGAGUUAAACAAAAAGGAGAGGACCCAAAAUGCAGAACACAAAAAAUGGAUUUGUUUAAAAAGAACUAAAACAACAAACUUACUUCCAAAAGAACUGAAUAACCCCAAAUCCAACAAAAAUCACAAGGAGACACUGGCAUAAGCUGAACUCAACCUACACACACAACUCAAUGAACCAAUAAAGAAACAGGGGAAGACAAGGACACUAACGAGCAACGAGAGGCAGGUGAGACCCUGAGACACAGGUGCAGACAAUUACAGUAAUUAGAGGAAGGAAAACUGAGGAUGUAAAACAAGAGUAGACACACAGGGAAUAAACUACUACAAAAUAAAACAGGAAACACUGAAAACUGAUCUAAAGAAUAAAACACUGAGAACAUGAGGGAAACGGGGUCAAACACAGACUGAAAACUCACAAGACAAGACUACAGGGGAACAGGAACACUAGGAAGAAACGCACAGAGAACAAACUCAGAUAACCAAAAACCAGGGAAAACUAAACACCAGAACAUACCAUGACAGUCUUAAAUUAAGAUGCAUCAUUUAUUUCAGCCCAAAACCUUGAUAUUAUGAUAUUGAUUGUGUUGUGGAUUAAGUUGUAUAAAAAGGUUGUUUAUGUAAACUUAACUCUUUGUCUCUUUGACAGGGUGCCACUGGCUUCCCUGGUGCUGCUGGCAGAGUUGGAUCUCCUGGCCCUAACGUAAGAUUUUUUAUCAAUCAUUCUCAUCGAAUUUUAUUUCAUUGUUUUACAAAAUUUACCAAAAUGUCCUCUUGUCAUUGCAGGGUAACCCUGGCGCUGCUGGACCUGCUGGUCCUUCUGGCAAAGAUGGACCAAAGGGUGCUCGUGGUGAUGCUGGUCCUCAAGGAAGAGCAGGAGACGCUGGGCUUCGUGGACCUGCUGGCGCACCAGGAGAGAAAGGAGAACCUGGAGAGGAUGGACCACCUGUGAGUUUGAGUAGAAGCACCAUAAGCGCCUGUCACUGGAGAGCAGUCUCAAAAAACCCAAUAUUCAUUAAUCAUCUAAAUGAACUUAGAGAAAUGUGGCACAGCAGGAGCAGAUCAUAAUUAAGCGUCCUCUGUCAUGUCUCUACAGGGUGCUGAUGGACCCUCAGGUCCUCAGGGUCUGGCUGGAUCUCGUGGUAUUGUUGGUUUGCCUGGUCAGCGUGGAGAAAGAGGUUUCCCUGGUCUUCCUGGACCUUCUGUAAGUGCUGUUUUACAAUGAAAUCCCUUUCUUGAUUUACAUAUUGGAGAUACAUUUAGGCUCAUAAUUUUUACUCAUAAAACUAUAUCCAAGGUAGAUCUGCAUCUGAUCCAAGGAUCUCUGAAUAAGCAUUCGUCUUCAUAAUAAUUCUGUGUCUAAGUAGAAAAAGUUAAAGUGAAUAAAAUGCACUCUCAGAGUUAUUGAAAUCUCAGAAAGGUAAUAAUAAUGUUAUCUUUUUAUAGGGAGAACCUGGUAAACAAGGAGGAGCUGGUUCUGCCGGUGACCGUGGACCCCCUGGACCUGUGGGACCCCCUGGACUUACUGGACCAGCUGGAGAAACUGGAAGAGAGGUCAGAACAACAUAAUAAUAACCAGAAAAUGUGAAGAACUGCAGUCUGAGCAUUACGUUAGCUGUAAAAUCCUUCUCUUCAUGCAGGCCAGUUCUAACAAUUGCUUAAAAAGUGUGUUUUUGUGUAUCUCAGGGUACUCCUGGAUCAGAUGGACCUCCUGGUAGAGAUGGAUCUGCUGGAGUCAAGGUAAAGUUCAACAAAAAUGAUCCAGAAUCUUUACAGGAUGAAAAACAAACUAGAUCUACUACUUUUCAGAGACUGCUUAUAUCCUGGUUCAUCACUGUGUGUCCUCUUGUAGGGAGAGCGUGGUAACACCGGCCCUGCUGGUGCCCCUGGAGCUCCUGGUGCCCCUGGUGCCCCCGGACCUGUUGGACCCCUCGGCAAGCAAGGAGACAGAGGAGAGGCUGUGAGUUUCAGUCUCAGGAAAUGGUGUUGUGACUCUUUUUUUCUUUGGAGUGCUCACACUAUCUUCUCUGUCUUUAGGGUGCUCAAGGACCUGGAGGACCCCCAGGACCUGCUGGUGCCAGAGGCAUGGCUGUGAGUAUCUGAAUCUUCCACUGCAAGAACAUCAUUAAGUUUUCUUUCUAGAUUUUAAUUAGAUUUUGGUAAUUAAAAGUUCUGCUCAUGUGCCGUCAUGCAUUUUAAUACGUGUCAAACCUUCAAUCUAGGGACCUCAAGGACCGCGUGGAGACAAGGGAGAGGCUGGUGAGACUGGAGAGAGAGGCCAGAAAGGUCACAGAGGCUUCACUGGUCUGCAGGGUCUCCCUGGACCUCCCGUAAGUAGCCCAAAACUUCCACUUUGCAUCUCCUGAAACAUAAAAUUCUUAACAUCUCUUCGGUUUUCUGCUCUGUCUCUGAUCUGUGUUUGUCCUGGUCCUGACAGGGCCCCGCUGGAGAUGCUGGAUCUGCCGGACCUGCUGGACCAAGUGGAGCUAAGGUGAGGAAACUGAGCAGAAGGGAGGACACACUCUUUUUACAUUUCAAUUCUGCAGGUACAGCAUCCAAGAUAUGUGAUGGUAAUGAAGGGCACAGGGUAGUCUCCCUGUAAUUCUCCAAUCACCUGACGUAGAUGGGGACAGGAAAGGCCACAUUCUCUAAUUACCCACCGCUGUGAUAAGAUGGCCAGCUGAGGUUUUUGUAAUUACUCUCUGCAAGGAAGAGAAGCAGUCUGGCGGGGGGUUUGUGAUUUGUGAGACUACUCCUGCUGUGAUCAGAAAUGGACUUCAAUAUCAAUUUUAGAUUAGCUGAGAACGGUUCAUGGUGAGAGAAAAGAAGGAAAAUGUCUCUUCACUAAUAAUCCUCAUGUGUAUCAGGGCAGAGAGCCUGUAUGUGAAGGUGGUAACAGAGAGGACUAACAUGAAUGUUUGAAUAAUAAUGCAUCAGGUUUCAUAUAGUGCUACAUCAUUCAUUCGCUCACACAGUCAGACCUUGGUAGAAGUAAACGACCAUAGUAGUCACAGCUGCCAUGGGGCAAAUUGACGGGAAUGUGGCUGCCAGUUUAUGCAUACAGCCUCUCCAACUACCACCACACAAUACUCACAUUCAUACACCAGUGGAGGACACACACUGGUGGGUUAAGUGUCUUGCCCAAGGACACAACAAACAGACUCAGGGGGGAAUCAAACCACCAACCCUCCAGUUGUUGGACGACUGCUCUACCUCCUGAGCUACUGCCGCCCCCAAGCAUGAAUUCAUGCUUGAGCAGGUUUUUUCAUAUUCAGAGUCCACAAAGUCAAAGGACAGGAAGUGAGGAUACAUUUCUUAUUCACGCUGACGUAAUGCACACUUUCACUGUUUCUGCAGGGACCACCAGGAUCAGUCGGACCUGCUGGCAAAGAUGGAGCAAACGGACUUGCUGGCCCAAUUGGACCCCCUGGACCUCGUGGUCGUUCUGGAGAAGCUGGUCCUGCUGUAUGUAUCACACAGAACUUCAACAACCCCAGAAACUUCUUCUGUCACAGCUUGAUAUCUAAAUUCUGUUUUCCCCCUCUAUCAGGGUCCUCCUGGUAACGCCGGUCCCCCCGGCCCCCCUGGUCCUCCUGGCCCUGGCAUCGAUAUGUCCGCUUUCGCAGGUCUCGGUCAGACUGAGAAGUCCCCCGAUCCUCUCAGGUACAUGAGGGCCGAUGAGGCCUCCAGCUCCCUGAGGCAGCACGAUGUGGAGGUGGACUCCACACUCAAGUCCCUCAACAACCAGAUAGAGAACCUGCGCAGCCCCGACGGCAGCCAGAAGAACCCCGCUCGCUCCUGCAGAGACCUGAAACUGUGCCAUCCUGAGUGGAAGAGCGGUACGUAGAGUGGACUUAAAUAGAGAGGCAACAAUCAGUAGAUGUGACCACUUUUUCGAAGGGAUUUCGACUGAGUUCAGGAUGUAGAAUACCAUUAUAAAGCCAUUACCACUUUAGACAAGACCAGCCUUUUCUUAUCUUUCAUGUAAAAUACAACAAAAAACAAAUACCUCCUUGUCCACAUGCUUCUUCAGGAUUUCUUUCUUCCCCAAAAAACCCAAAACAUUUGUUCAACUUGAUUUCAAUCUUCAUCAUUCCUAUAAAAAUAAUAUCCAUUUGUCUUCAGGUGACUACUGGGUUGAUCCCAACAUUGGUAGCACAGCUGACGCCAUCAAAGUCUUCUGUAACAUGGAGACUGGAGAGACCUGCGUCUACCCAACCAUCGCCAAGGUUCCACAGAAGAACUGGUGGACUAGCAAGAGCAAGGACCGCAAACACGUCUGGUUCGGAGAGGGCAUGAACGGAGGAUUCAGCGUGAGUGCGCUCUUACAAACAAACAUAAGAAUGGAUUCAGCUGAUGCACAAUGUUCAAGUUUUAACGGGUUCCCUGUACCUUUUGUGUGAUCGUACAGUUCAGCUACGCCCAGGACGGACCAGCUGCCAACGCUGCCAGUGUCCAGCUGACCUUCUUGAGGCUCCUGUCCACUGAAGCUUCCCAGAACCUCACUUACCACUGCAAGAACAGUGUUGCCUACAUGGACCAGGCCACAGGCAACCUGAAGAAGGCUGUGCUGCUGCAGGGCUCCAAUGACGUGGAGAUCCGCGCAGAGGGCAACAGCCGCUUCACGUACAGCGUGUCCGAGGAUGGCUGCAAGGUGAGACACAGAGCAGAAAAUAUGAAAGCAUUUAUUCAGACAUCUGAGACUGAACUGUUUGAUGCUCACGCUUUUCUCUAUCCUCAACCCCACAGAAACACACAGGCCGAUGGGGCAAGACUGUCUUCCAGUACAAAACACAGAAAACCUCCCGUCUGCCAAUCGUGGACAUUGCUCCUAUGGACAUCGGAGGAGCAGAUCAAGAGUUUGGAGUGGAUGUAGGAGCAGUCUGCUUCUUGUAAAGUGGAAUAUCAAAAUGGCCCCCCAAAAAACACAGGAAAUAAAUAAACUCAACCAUGAAACACUACAUACACUCACACUUCCACAAUAAAUGAAGACUGGAAAUUAGAAAAGAAAAUUGAUACUUUUUCUCUCACAACGAAGUGCUCUCCAAGUCGUACUCCCUGGAUGUUAGCACUGAAGGGCACCUGCAAUAUCUGUACACCACACCAGCAUUCUCUGUCGACUCGCAACCUGAGAUCCAGUCAUGUUUCCCAUGGCCCAACGUUGACGGGAAUGAGUCCGAGCCAGGAGGAAGAAGGACCAAGCGAACAAGUUAUGGAGAACAGAAACAUGACUUGAUGUCACUUAUUUAUUGUCUAACCUGAAUGGGCAGAGUUGAGGUAGGACUGGACGAGUUCACUUUGUGAGUAAGACAAGCCCCCCUUUUAUUUCCUCCCACUACAGAGCAGCCGCACAGCCUCUGUCCCAGUCCUACUCCACCUCCCUCCGUUUCCCUCCUGACACACAAACACGGCAUGUUGAAUCAGUGCAGACAAACAAGUAGUCUCAGCAAGUCAAAUCAAAUCCAGGUGCUCCUGGCCCGUCCAUCUUGAGCUGGAGCAAAACCUUCACUGUGUAUUAUAAAUCCUUGGUUCUAUUGUUGUAAAAGUCUGUGUUUAUAAACAACCAGAUGGUUUUAUAUAUAUUUCCACAUUAUGUGUGUACAUGUGUCUAUAUGCACACCAACACUUUUUGGAAAGUGAGGUUACAUUUGGGAUGUUAUGUUUCCGUGUCCUGUACCCCUUGACUGCCCAUCAGAGGAAGGCCCAGUUCUCAUUCAAAAAAAAUUAGUUUUAAAGAAUUUGAAGGAAGUUAGUUUUGCUUUUUGUUAUUGUAGUCAUCCAGAUUGUUUAAAGCUACCUCACGCUGACAAACAAGUGAAAAGUUCAAAUCAAAGCUGAACAGAAAUUAGCUUUCAGGUGGAUCUGGGGCUGUCUUUGCUUUGGGUUGCUCUCUCUUUCUCUCUCUCUCUUCAGAAGGUGCUAUGAGUUCUGUAAUUCAGUUUUCACCAAACUCCCCCCAUCCCAACCCCUUAUUCCCACUAGCCUCACACCACACUCUUACACUCCACCCUGCAGGAGGGGUGCAGUUGGGUUAAGACGGGGGAGACGGGGGUUUACUUGGAGGCCUCUUCUGGAGUCCUGGUUCCCAGAGCUGAACAAGGGACUCCGAAGACAGCCGCUAAAAAAAUCAACCAGGGUGGGAUGUCUGUGUGUGUGUGAGGGCGUGUACAUUUUUUGAACUAAUUUUAUUAUGAUCAUUUUUGUUUUUAUUUUGUUACACUUCUAAUUGAUGUAAAUUGGAAAAUAAAAGGAAAACCGAAUGAAGAAUGAAGUGGAUUUUUAAUUGAAUUUUGAAUAAAAACAGAAAUGGUGUGGGAUGUAUUUCUUCUUCCAACAGAACCAUCACGUGUGCUUCUAUGUGUUUUGUUUGUUAUACUUGUAAUUCAUGAGGUCAGUAACUCUUGACUGUGAGUGCACAGUCUGUGUGCAUGAGUGUGUGAAAGCUUAAGACUGUGAUUCAAGUGUUUUUUAAUAUGAGAUCAUCUCAUAACAGAAGGAACUUAAGUACUGUAUUUGUUCUGAGUUUCAGGGUGGGGCUAGGCGUAGUGGGCUCCUGUCUAUCUGAACUUUUAGGCAUAAAUAAAGAACUUUUUGUCAACUUGGAUCAAGUAUUUUGUAGAGUAAAAACGCAGAGCAGGUGCAUCACUCUGUACUUCGACCAACUUUCUCUCUGGUCUUUCUAAAUAAAAGCUUCACUUAAGCUACCGCAAUGACAUAUUCUUCAAAUUAAAGCCGGCAAUUAUCAAUCCAAAUACUCAAAAUAAUUAGCAAAAAGUAAUGCUUUAAAUCCCAGACUAAAAAAGGAUAGUUAUCUUUAUGAACAAAAACAAUAAAAGUAAAUCCUCCGACAAUUUAACACACAGUUUACCGUAAAAAAGGGGUUGUUUUAUGGCUCCAGACUGUGCUGCAAAAUUCAAACUAAUACCCUCAAGUGUAGACAGUUAAGGUGGUUUGGGCCCAAGACAAGCAGUUUAAAAAAUUUACCAAUUUAGUGUUUACAAGACAUCUGUUGUCCACCCUUAACAUCUUACAGCACACUGUAAUGAUUUCAGACACUGCAGCAUCAUGGGUAAUGUAGGCAUCAUGUUUAAGCUGUCCAUUCAGAACUCUAUAAUCCAAAAAUUUGCCCAUUCUUACCAAGUUUGCUAACACCUGUAUUACAGCAAAAAUAAGUCUUAGAAUUACAAGAACUUUUAUCCAUUUAUUGAGAAUCAAAGAUGUGAAAAAUGACUUGUGGGCGGGGUUUAGUUAAGAGAUGUGCUCUGUAAAAAGAGACUGAUUGGCGAAGUCUGCAGGUCUUGCUUGAGGCCGUGGCGCAGAUGGGCUGCCGCUGAGGCCGAAUUGAGGGAUGCCGGCACUCAGGAAGUAAAAAGGUACAUGAGUUAUCCUUCCACUGGACCAACACUGAGAACACAGAGACAAAUAAGACCAUGAAGGUGAUGGAUUAGAAAACUUUAAGUCAUGAUGGUUUCCUGUAGGAUUCACCGGGACACAUUUGGUUAUGGUGCUGAAAUCCUAAAUAUCGUGGUAAUAAGGAAAACAAAAGACCAGGAUUACUUAUCAUCCCAUUUUGAGUAUUUCAUGCAGUUCAGGAAAGUUAAUCCUAAUAUAAAUAGCUUGUGUAUAAUUCAGGCCUGUGUGCUACCAAAUUAUGUACUUUGCUGAACUCAGAAUUGACUGUUAUCAUAAUAAGAGCUCCCUGGUGACCUUGGUGAGCAGUAAUGGCCUUAUUUGGUGCAGCCGCUUAAAGAUGUACAACCCACAGCUUAGUAAGUGUUUGACAUCUCUGAAAACCUCUAAUAACACAAAAACAAACAUUUUAUCACUCUGUUUAGGACAUAUUUAAGGUAGGACUAACCACAGUGAGAAGAGCUCCAUGCCCAAAAUUUGGGUGGAACUGCAUCAUUCUGGGCUCUGCACCGGGCUCCCCUUGAACAAAACCGCUAAAAACACAGGAAACAAGAACCACUCAGUACAAAUGGUGAUAUUCAUCAUGUUUUUGAUCUCUAAUAAAGCUUUAAAGUCAAGAAAUUCAAACAUGAACUAACCAUGGUAGGAGUUCAAAGACAGGGCUGGUUCUUGUCUUAAAAACAGCUAUGACUGCAGGCCGGCCCGCUGCCUGAGAAUCACCUGAAACCCAGAUGAGUGAUUAGAAGAGGAACAUGACGUUAACACUGACAGGGUUUAUGGUGUGAGAGCAGGAAAAAAGAGAGAAAAAAAACCUUUGAGAAGAACUGCAAGUCUCUCUCCUGUUGGGUCCCAGGCUAAAGACUGAAUCUCGCCUCCGACACUGACGGAAAGAUUAGACUCAUUUCAUAAAAAUGUAUUUCAAGGCAUGGUACUUAUGUAAGCCAUGUGAAGGUUUUCUGUGUUUUUUAAUGAAUAAAAAGGUUAAAAGACAAACAUUAUGCAUCUUAAUCUGCUGCUCUUACAUGAUGUUUCCAUCUGGUGUGUUAAAGGUUGUCUCUGAUAGGUCGGCCACAACUGCUGCUGCCUGUGAUUCUGAAGACGUGCUGGUAGACACUCCUGCUGAGUAACAACCACAACAAACAGAUCAAUUCCUUCAUUAAUAACAACAAUGAAUAAAUGAACAGGGGUGGUGUUAGCAUGAGCCUGGUCCCCUUACUAAAACAAUAUUGGAUUGAUGGAUUAAUGCUAGAAAUGAGUUCUGUUGAAAAUCCCUUCUGACUUUUGUUAAGCAAGAAAAUCUUCACAAAAGGACUCCAGCUUUCAUAGUUUUAGUAGCGAGAAUACAGCAGCUUUUUUGGACACAUGUGAUUCAAAAACAUCACGUAUUGUGUUUUUACCGAGGUACUUCAGGUUGUAGGAUUUGUAUUUCGAGUAGAGAUUGUUUAAAUAAAAAGAAACAUGGGCUUUGAAUGAUAAGAUUAAAAAAAGCAGGCUCAUUUCCAAGUUUUAAAACUGUGUCUUGAAGCACCUUUGAUGCUGAAUUGACAUCUUCACCCAGGCGUCUAGAUGCACAAAAUAGCUGUAUUGAGAAAAGCAGCUGACCUGAAGGAUUGGUGAAUAUCAGAGCAUAGAUGACCAUCUCUCCCUGCACAGAGAAGAGAAGUCGACUCCCAUCUGGACUCCAACAGCCAGACUGAAAAACAUAUUAUUAAAUAAAUACAUGAUCCACAAAAAUCAUUACUGACUAAACAAAAUGUUUAAAACAAGGUCUCACUUGGCAGCGGCCUUUGACGCAUGGCCAGCGUUCGCAGGUCCACAUUCUGGUCUCCCAAACCCUGAAGAAAAAACUUAAACUUACUGACUCAAGUCCACAUCCAUGCCUUAUCUUUAUCCCUUCCUCGACUGCUCACUACACCCUUAAUCUCUGACAUGCUUGUUAAUAUUCAUGAGAGGUCAGUGGGCUUUUAUCCUAACACAGACCGAGACUACUGAUUUGAGUCCGCACACAAUAAUUAUGAAAAAUAAUUGGCAGCCUUUCAUAUCUUGCCUGUUGAUCUUGUAAAACUUCCUGUCGUACCUGAAUAAGGCUGACGGAGUAGAGGCCAGGACAUGACUGCCAUCCGGGGACCAGGACAAGAAGGUGACACCGCCUCCUCCGACUCGCUGUAGCGGCACGCAGAUUUCAGAAGCGACGUCCCAAACCUAAGAGACAAACCGAUGCAAAUCUUAGCAGCAGCAGCACACGAGCACAUCUGUUCAGAACAUGCAGGGUCUGCUUUGUACCAUCAUUGCAGUAUCCAUGGGUGAGGCAGACACGAGGAGAGAGCCGCUGGGAGACCAGGCGAUGGAAGUGACGGGGGAGUGACCAGGAUGAGACAGGACUUGAGCACAGCCGGAGGAAGGCCUGAAUGAGUCGAGAGAAAGAAGAUUCAACAGGUCCACUGAUAAACCAAGUUUCACCAACGGUUAAAACUCUCUAGGGUUUAAUUUGAGAGAAGUUCAACAACUAUAUCAAUCCUGGCAGAAAUCAGAGUUUACAUACCUGGUAGACAGAGAGCAGGGGUCCACAUGCCAGACCAGUAAACAGUUUUGACAAGCGACAGCGAGGGCAGACGCACACAGUGGCUUCCACUGCACUGCUGCAACACUCCUCUGCAGGCGAUGCUUCAAGGUGGGAGUUGUGGCACUGAGACAGAACAAGGAAUCAUGCUUAUACAGCUUGAAGAAAAAAGGUUGACUGCUACAUCAAAGUUAAAAAGGUGUCACAAAUUAACAUGAAAAGUGACUCUCACAAUCCCUUUUUAAAGAUUCAAUGAAGGUAAAUAGAAGCAAUACAAGGAACUUCCGAUAUAAUACUUUAGUUUAUUGUAAUUUUAAGCUUUAUAGUAUCAUCAGUUAUCUUUUCAGUAGGACAGAAAAAGGAGAUCUUCAGUUUUUUUGUCACAGUACCUUUUAGGAUUGUAGAUCUUAAUGGAGUCAUCCAGGAGGGCUACAGCGAACUUAUCUGUGUGUGGAUGCCAUGCAAACGCUCGCACUACACAGUCAGACCUUGGUAAGCAAGAGGGACAAAAAUGAUUCAUGAUUAAAACUCUAAUUAAAAUAAUUUCCCUUUGGGGCUGACAAUAAACUUCACAUUCCAACUUUGAUACUUACCAAUUCAAUACCUGUGAAAACUCGGCAAUCAUGUCUUCACAGCUCAACUAUGGGAAAUAAAUAACAAACAGGUGAUGCACAUAUACUGAACAUCUUAUGAUCAAGUGUAUCAUAUUUUUUACACCAGUAAAGCGUUAACCAGAAGGUAAAACUCACUGUGAGAUGAGGAAACAGGGAGUCAUGAAAGGAGGAGAAUCUUUGGAGCAAAGCCAGGAUACAACCAGAGCUCACUGACAGCCAUUUUGGCACUACAAGAAACCCAUGAGUUACGGUCAAAGCAUGUACACACAUCAGAGAAUAGACAUGAUGAGCUGAGUAAAUUAUGUACCUUCUGUAUGUGAGUUUUUAAUUUCAGUGAGCAGUCCUGUGAAGCCACCAUCCCGCCUAAAAUCCACGGAGACAAGUGAUCAUGAAUUUAGAGCACAUGUAUAAACGACUGUAUAUGUAAACAAUUGUGAGUGCACCCUAAGCUCAGAGCAUAGUGAUAUAUUUCAUAAAACAUCAAGAAGUUUUAUUAGAGCUUAGUGAAACAGUUUCAUCAUUUAUGGUAAUGUCUGUUCAGUAUAAAGUUUUCUGAUGAAAUGUUUUUAGGAGUUAUGAAUCUUUUAUGUGGUCGACCUCAGACGCCAUACCAUGCUGCUGCGCUCCUCAUCCAUAGAGUUUCUGAAUGAUCCAGGAAAGCUGCCUUGCUGCUGCUUUCUGUGCGACUGUGGAGCUUCAGAGACUCUCUUGGGAAAUACAAACUGAGGGGGCUUGAGUCCUGCGGGAAACACAACCAUGUUAUACGCAUCUAAUAGGCAUAUAAUAUUUAAGUUCCCUUUUGAGAGCCAUCCUUCAAUUUUGUAGAUUUCAGAUUUAUUCCCAUGGAAAGUUUCCAAAUUUGAAUAUUCCUCGAAUUUUGCCACCUUAGCUGUGAAUGUUCUGAAUCACUUAAAGAUAUUCUCAUGUUAAAAUGGCUUUUUAACAGUUAUAUGCAAUAAUGAUAAAAAGAAUUAUUGUACCAGUUGAAGAGUUUAUAAUAGAUAAAAAUACAGAUGAAUGUGAAGAAGUGACUGUUAUUUAGGGAGAGACUAAACCCGCUCCUAUGGUCAACUUAUUCCAUACACGGGGUAAGUUGACCAUAGGAGACCACUUUUUUUGGCAUGCUAUACAAUCAAGACAGUUAUGUUUACACUCAUUCUGUUGGUUUGCAGGGAUGGAAAACAUAUCAUCAUGUCAUAUCAUCAGUGAAUUUGAACCCUUGCCCCUCAACCUCAAAACACUACAAGUCAACAGUUGAGCUAACUGGAAACCGGGUCAAUAUGAGAUCUUCCAGCACUAGUUGGUUCAAAUGUUAACUGGCAGCAGAUUGAGCUCAGACCUGCUUCAGCCGGUCC